UUCCUUCGAGAGCACGUCUGCACGUUGGCUGGGCCUCGAUCUGUAAUACUUGUUAAUCGGUUCACCAUUGCUCCCAAUACUGCAGUAUCACUUCCGGACAUAUAGAAGAACUUAAGAUGGCCGAUACUCCGUCUAGCAACGCCGCCGCUCCGACCAAUAACCCGGAAUUCGAGGGGCCUGCCGCGCAGGACGCAUCCGCCGAGAAUCCGGAGCAAACGCAGCCGGCAGAAGACGGCGCCGAGCAGGUCGACGAUGCCCCCUUCCUCGUCAAGAUCGUCCUCCCCCACGACACUAAGCCGCUCGAGCUGCCGGUAUCUCCGCUCGAGCAAAUCCACGAGAUCCGCCAGUCCGUCAUCGAGCACCCGGUUGCCGUGCAAUAUUCGUGCUUCCACCUCGAACACAACGGGCAGCGUAUCAACGACUUUGUCCAGGUCGCGGAUGUCGAGGGUCUCGCUCCCGGCUCCGAGCUGCACGUCGUUGAGGACCCCUACACAGAGAAGGAGGCUAGGAUCCAUUUCAUCCGGAUCAGGGAGCUGAUCGGCGCCGCCGGGGACCGCACCGACACUGCCCAGGGCAUUCUGGCAGGUGCUUCGAUCCACGACGAUGUCGUCGCCGCCGCCGCCGAGGAGGCCGAGAAGGAGGUCCAGCCCUACGAUUUCAAUUCGACUCCUGAGCUUUCCGUUCUCCUUCCGAAAGAGACGCCGCCUGCGCCUAAGACUGUUAAGCUCCUCACAUUGUCCCCGUGGAACCCGCCACCCGCCCAAUGGCGGCAAAAAGGCCAUCUACUUUACCUUGCCAUUACCACAAAUGAGGGCGAGCAGUUCCACGUCACGGGUCAUGUCGGGGGUUUCUUCGUCAACAACUCGAACAAGGACAAGUUCAACCCGACGCCCCGAACCGACGCAAAGGGCGCCUCGGCUCACUCGCUGUUCACUUUGCUCGGGAAGAUCUCGCCGUCCUUCACCAAGUCAUUCGCCGAGUUCCAGCAGUUCACAAGCACCAAGGAACCUCUCUCGACGUUCCAGAUCGGCAACACGGUGCCUUCGGCUCCUUGGAUCGUGCCUCCAGCGACCUCGCCCCUGUGUGCUCACAUCUCGGACCCGACAAGGUCUCAGGAGACCUUCCUGUUGGGCGGUGCCGAGAAUACAGACUCGCUGAGGGACUGGAACGAGGAGUUCCAGUCCGCCAAGGAGCUUCCCAAGGACACCAUCCAGGAUCGCGUUUUCCGGGAACGGCUGCUUGCUAAGCUGUAUGCCGACUACAACGAUGCUGCCGCUCGCGGCGCGGUGCUGGUUGCCCGCGGCGAGGUUGCGCCGCUGAACCCCACCGAGGGCCGGGAUGCCCAGAUCUUCGUCUACAACAACGUCUUCUUUUCCUUUGGCGCUGACGGCGUUGGCACCUUCACUAGCGAGGGCGGUGACGAGGCCGCCCGGGUUGCGACAGGAAAGGACGUGCACGGUGUCAAGCUCGUGAACCAGCUCGACAUCGACGGCCUGUACACCCCCGGCACGGUCGUUGUUGACUACAUGGGCAAGCGCAUUGUCGGCCAGAGCAUUGUCCCAGGCAUCUUCAAGCAGCCCGAGCCUGGUGAGAACCAGAUCCACUAUGGCGCCGUCGACGGCAAGGACGUCGUCGCCGCCGACGAGAGCUUCGCGCCUUCUUUCGCGAAGCUGGCCCAGGCUCUGCGCGUCAGGAAGCACGCCGUGUGGGAUAAGGACAACAAGCGAUUCGACCUCGAGGCGAGCGUGGAGAUGAAGGGCCUUCUUGGCACCGACGGCCGCAAGUACGUGCUGGAUCUGUACCGCAUCACGCCACUCGAUAUCGCCUGGUUAGAGGACAGCAGCCCCGAGGGCGCCGAGUACCCUCACCGGAUGACGGUCUUGCGCCCUGAGCUGGUCGAGGCUCUGGGCAAGCAGAAGGCUCGCGAGUUUGUUGCUGCCGAGCUGCAAAAGCGCGCGGCUCUGAAGAAGCAAGAUGCCACCGCGCAGGCCAAAGAGGAGAAGCCAGAGGGCGAGGCUGCCGAGAAGGCCGAGGACAAGAAGGAGGAGGGCGAGAAGACGGAUGAGGAAAAGAAGGAUGAGGAGAAGAAGGAGGAGGAGGAGCAGGCAAAGCCAGAAACUGAUCGGAUUGACAUGUCCAACUUCAAGUUCGCCCUGAACCCCGACGUUUUCAGCGGCCAGAACCCUCAGACGGAGGAGGAGAAGGAACAGAUGGCCAAAGACGAGCAAGAGGUUCGCGACGCCUGCGCCUUUCUUCGCGAUUCCGUCAUCCCCGCCCUCAUCCGCGACCUCAACGAGUCCGACAUCAGCUUUCCCAUGGACGGCCGGUCGCUCACCUCUCUCCUCCACCGCCGCGGCAUCAACCUGCGCUAUCUCGGCAAGCUCGCAUCGCUCAGCGACAGCACUCGCCUGGAGUGCUUCCGUGAAGUCUGCGUGCGCGAGAUGAUGGCGAGGUCUUUCAAGCACGUCGCGGCCAAGUAUCUCAAGACUCUCCCUCUCCCUCUCACCUCUUCUUGCUUCUCUCACCUUCUCAACUGCUUGUUGGGCACUGAGCUUAAUCCCAACCCGGUGGCUGACAUCGACGAGUCUUACCGCCAUCUGUUCGACGAGGCCGACCUCGCUUUCGAGAAGGUUACGCCGGAGAGCCUGAGAGAGCAGAUCCAGAAAGAGACGGCUCGCAGGUUCAGGUUCGUGUUGCCGGAGAAUUGGUGGAGCCAGAUCAGGCAUGUGCAACUACUGCGUGAGAUCGCUCUGAAGCUGGGUCUUCAAAUCCAGCUCAAGAAGUUCCGCUUCACCCAGUCUGCCGAGCCCGAGCCUGCGCCGCAGACCAACGGCCAGGCCCAGGCCGAGCCAGCGCCCAAGAAGAAGAACAAGAAGAAGUCUCACGAUGGAUCGCCGGCCAGCGCGCAGUCGCCUGUUGUGGCGCCGCACACCUUCAGCCCCGAAGACUUUGUCAACGUAGUACCCAUCAUCAAGGACUCGUGCCCGCGCAGCGCUCUGGCCGAGGAGGCCCUGGAGGCCGGCCGCCUCUCCAUCUACCAGAACCAGAGGAAGCUCGGAGAGGAUCUUCUUCUCGAAUCACUGUCUCUGCACGAGCAGAUCUACGGCCUGGUCCAUCCCGAGGUCGCCCAGAUGUACCACACACUUUCGCAGCUGUACUUCCAGCUCGACCAGAAGGACGCUGCCGUAGAGUUGGCCAAAAAGGCCGCUAUCGUUGCCGAGCGGACAGUCGGCCUCGACUCGGCCGAGACGGUGCUCAACUACCUCAACCUCAGCCUCUUCCUGCACCAGCGCGGCGACAGCAAGUUGGCCCUCGGCUAUGCCAAGCACGCGCUUGACAUCUGGAAGAUCAUCUACGGCCCCGACCACCCGGACACCAUCACCACCAUCAACAACUACGCGGUGAUGCUGCAGAGCCUCAAGGCUUAUCACGAGUCCCGCCGCUGGUUCGAGGAGUCGCUGCGCGUCUGCGACAAGGUCUUCGGCCGCCAGUCUGUCAACUCGGCCACGCUCCUCUUCCAGCUCGCCCAGGCACUCGCCCUCGACCAGGACUCCAAGGCGGCCGUCGACCGCAUGCGCGAGAGCUACACCAUCUUCCGUGCCGCCCUUGGCCCGGACGACAAGAACACCAAGGAGGCCGAGCACUGGCUUGAGCAGCUCACCCACAACGCCGUCUCCAUCGCCAAGCAGGCCAAGGAUCUGCAGGCGCGCCGCGCUCGCGCGGGUUACCGGUUCGCCUCGCGCGGCGUCAGCGUUGGCGCAGGCGCGACUGGUGCAACUGGCGCUGCGGCGACCGAGUUGGCCGGCAAGCCGACACCGCCCCCAUCAAUGGACAGCCGCACUAUUGACGAGCUGGUGCGGUAUAUCGAGGGAACGGACAAGAAGAAGAAGCCAACCGGCGGUGCCGGCGGCUCUGCCGGUGGCAAGAAGCGGGCUGGCCGGAGCAACCCGAAGAGGAGGGGAGGUGCCGCCGGUGGGAGCGCUUAGGGAGUCUUCAGAUGUCCCGGAAGUAGAUCUUGAUCUAUUUCCGCAGGCGGGUCGCGUCAGCCGGUAUCCCUAAGGGCUCUUCUCACCUCCGGCCUAUCGUUUCCCGAAGA